GUUCAGAUGUGGUGCAAUGGGGACGUGCAACCGGAGAUCUCCGGUUCGGCUGCACCGGAUUGUUCGGGUGAAAUGCAAGCGUUAAUCGACGAAAUGCGAGUGCAAGAUUUCGAUUCAAUACGAUUUGCUACUUAUCGCGCUGCAUGCAAAUUACGAUUUAUCCAGAAGAAAACUAAUGUGCAUAUGGUCGACAUCUGGAAUAUGAUUGAAUCUUUCCGAGAAAAUGGCCUAAAUGCUAUGCCUAUCCAUACACAGAUCAAAACUUCUCGGAUAGAACUACUUUUAACGACCAUCUAUCACAAUCUGAACAAGCGACUUGUCGCCUCGCAACAUAUCGAUACCGACAAGUCUAUAUCGCUAUUGCUUAGUUUUUUAUUAGGAACCUAUGACAAGCAACAUACUGGACGAUUAACAGUGUUUUCAAUAAAAAUAGCAUUGGCGACAAUAUGUGCUGGGAAAUUAGUGGACAAAUUGAGGUAUAUGUUUUCGCAGAUCUCCGACUCAUCUGGAUUUUUAGAAUAUGACAAAUUUACGGAUUUCAUGCAGCAGGUCUUAGCGUUGACUACAGCCGUGUUUGAAGCUCCCACGUUUGGUUUUUCUGAAGCCGCUGUAACGCAGUGCUUUCUAAAGGAUCAACGAGUGACAUUAAAUAACUUCCUGGACGUGUUCAUGUCCGAUCCAUGUCCUCCUUGUGUGAUGUGGCUACCGUUACUGCACCGUAUGGCUUCAGUCGAACAUGUCUAUCAUCCCGUAGUCUGCGAUGCUUGUCAGGUCCGAUCAUUCACUGGCUUUCGCUACAAAUGCCAACGAUGCUCGAACUAUCAGCUCUGCCAGAAUUGUUUCUGGCGCGGUCGCACCAGCCAGAGUCACUCUAACGAACACGAAAUGAAGGAAUACUCUAGCUACAAGUCCCCUACAAAACAACUAGCACAUUCCAUACACAAAUCGUUACAAUGUAUACCAACGAAUGCGAACGCGAAGCAGCCACCAUUAUUUGCCGAACGACCGCAACGGCCGCUUGAGCUACAGAAUAUUGUGCCGGCCACUCCGUUGUCGAUGAGGCGAGCGCCACCAGAUCCGAUUCCGGACUGGCCGUCAUCGCCGGUGUUGCUUCCUGGCCAGAUUGUCAACGGAACUGCUCUCGAUGAUGAACACAAGCUCAUAGCUCGGUACUCAGCGAAACUGAGUGGACGUGCGGAUUACCCUCUUGGCGGUGUUCGCGACCGGUCGGUAAAUCCACCGAUGGACGAGCGCUCAUUGAUAGCACGACUUGAGGAAGAGAAUUCCCUCAUGAUGAGGGAGAUUUCGCGAUUGGAGAGUCAGACAUUGUCUGACGAUGGACAAUUGACGGGUUUACGAGAACGAAAAUCCCAGCUUGAAGAGAAAAUGUAUGUAAUGCAGCAGAAGCGACGAGACCUCAUGAUGCAGUUGGAACAGCUUAUGACCCAGCUGAAUGUUAAAUCAGGUUCGAAAAGCAUUUAUAUGAACAAACAAUAUCAUACAUCAGUUAAAACUACCUUGAAAAUCGCAUUUUGUUGCCUACUAAUCAUGCAUGCUACGUCAAAUAUAGCAGCUGCUCUGGUAAAGGAAGCUUUGAGGGCAGGUGAAAAUACUCGUAACAGUAUGCAAGAUUUCUUGAGAUUGUUGACUCUUGCUCAGAUAAUUCAACCUGAUAUAAUUAUUAUAGUUUAG